GCGGGCUUACUGUACAAGGCAAUUUGGCGAAAGCAGACUUGUUUUCUCGAAGACGGAGGUCAGGGUUAUGUGGAAAUAGAAGUUGUUUGUGCGUCUACCCCGUGGUGCCCAAAAUGUCGGCGUCGCUUCCACUGGGAAGGGGACCCUGACUGCGUCUCCACGAAUAGGAAAUCGUACUCCGAUGCCGCCAAAUCAAAGCCCCCCCCCCCCCUCCCCCUCCUCCUCCCUGUCCCCCCCACCCGCAUCGGACAAAGGUGACGAAGGAUCAAAGAGCGUGAGGGAUGGAAGAGGAGGAGGGAGAGGGGAUGGUGGGGAGAAAGGAGGAGGUGGAGGGAGCGGCAGUAGGGAUGGUGGUAGAGGGGGUAACAGGGAUAGUCCCAAUGGGCCAGGUGGAGGACGGGAGCGGACAAGUCAGGUGGAGAAAAGCGGUGGAAAGGGACCAGCCCAGGGGGACCCGAAGGGGAAGGGCGCCUUGGCCGAGGAAGAAGAAGAAGCGGCUAAGGGUAAAGGGAGGAGUGAUAUGGGUGGGGUACGGGAAUCGAGAGGUGGCGUUCCGAUUGGAGGAGGGGCUGGGGGCAGGGAUAGGGAUGGUAGCGGGAACGCUGGAACCUCCCUCCACCCAUCCGGGAAAGAUCCGGUAGGGAAAGACACUCAUUCUCCAUCGGCAGCAGGGCUGCCCAUAGUCGAGGUCAUGGACRAAGACAAAGUUGUGCAGYGGGRAAAGAGAAAAAGGGACGAAGGAGCAAYUGCAGACAAAAUGUCUGCCGAAGAGUUUAUUGCGGCCAGAGCUCUGGUCAUUUACAACAGGGAUACGACCUCAUUUCCUCUACCCCCAGUCCCACUGUACUCAUCCUCCUUCUCAGAAGUUGAAUMUGAAGAGGAAGAGGAAGAAGAGGAGAUGGAAGAAGAGGAAGAGGAGGAARAGGAGGAGGAGGAGGAAGUGGGGCUGGCCCCCCUGUUCGGAGAAGCGGGGAACAACCUCCGAUCUAGCACGACUUGUUAUGUCAACAGGAUGUACGAUUUCGACGGCUUGUUUGAUGCUUCUCCAAUUGAUAAGAAACGAACGAUACAACCUCUAACAGAUGCUGAAGGGACUUCAGCCUGAAUCAAGGGGAACCCCCCCUGCUCCUCAGAUGAGGAUUUUUUGGAUUGCAGAGAUGAUCAGGAGAGCCCGGGGCCUUC